AAUCUUAAUUUCUAUCAUCUCAAAAAAAAUUUUCAAAAUGUCUUUGUCCCUUCUCUUUAUUUAAUAAUGAUUUUUUUUUGAAACACUAAAAGAGGGAAAAAAAAUUUAACAUAUAAUAUAUAGUCCUUCUGUGUAUAUUUUCUUUCUUUCUACUUUUCUUGAAAUCAUCCUUCAAAAAUGAAUGUUUCAAAGUUCAUAAAAUGUGUUACUGUAGGUGAUGGAGCUGUUGGAAAAACAUGUAUGCUAAUUUGUUACACUAGUAACAGAUUUCCCACUGAUUAUAUUCCUACUGUGUUUGAUAAUUUCAGUGCUAAUGUGGCUACUGAUGGGAGAAUUGUCAAUUUGGGAUUAUGGGACACUGCAGGUCAAGAAGAUUAUAGCAGAUUAAGGCCAUUAAGCUAUAGAGGUGCAGAUGUAUUUGUAUUAACUUUCUCUUUAAUCAGUAGAGCAAGCUAUGAAAAUGUUCUUAAAAAGUGGAUGCCUGAGCUUCGUCGUUUUGCACCUGAUGUUCCGAUUGUACUUGUUGGAACAAAGUUAGAUCUUCGAGAUGAUAAUGGAUAUCUAGCUGAUCAUAUGGGGUCAAAUAUCAUUACAACUGCCCAAGGUGAGGAGCUAAGGAAACAAAUCGGCGCUGCAGCUUAUGUAGAAUGCAGCUCUAAAACACAACAGAAUGUGAAAGCUGUUUUCGAUACUGCAAUCAAAGUUGUGCUUCAACCUCCUCGGAGAAUGGAAGUUGCAAGUAAGAGAAAGCACAGAAGCACCGGUUGCUCAAUUGUCAGGGGGAUCGUAUGUGGAGGCUGCGAUGCUUAUUGAAACAUUAAGGUGGAUUUCGUGUUAUAUUAUUUCGUAAGACUAUUGAGACGUGUUUGGGACUGAGGCGUAGUCGAGAUCAUGUAUUAUUUUUUGUGUGGCACUCAUCAAAAGUAAAUUAGCAUUUCCUCCCAAAGAUUGUAAUACAUUAUAAUAUGGUUGAAGCAAUGUGUUCUUUUAUAGGGAAUUUAUUGAUUCCCUUAAGUGAUGUGCUUUAAAUAUGUAUGUGACAAAUUAUGUUGAUAUUGCUGGAUUUAUUUUGAAGAAAAAUGACAAAUGUGCUCGUCUUAUUCAU